AUGGCAGACAGUCUUCCAGAAGACUUUGAUGUGGUUGUGAUAGGUACGGGUUUGCCUGAAUCCAUCUUUGCAGCUGCAUGUUCAAGAAAUGGCCAGAGGGUUUUGCAUGUUGAUUCCCGGAGUUACUAUGGAGGAAACUGGGCUAGCUUCAGCUUUCCAGGGCUGCUGUCCUGGUUAGAGGAAUAUCAGCAAAUCUGCACUGAUGGGGAAGAAAGUACAGCCGCAUGGCAAGACCUGCUACGUGAAACAGAAGACGCUAUCACCCUUCGCCAGAAAGAUGAAACCAUUCAGCACACGGAAGUUUUUUGUUACGCCAGUCAAGAUUUGGAUGAUAGUGUUGAAGAGACUGGCGCUUUGCAGAAAAAUCCUUCCUCUGUCGCAUCUAUGGAUAUGACUAGUACCCUUGCUGAAUCUUUGGACUCUGCUUGCUUGGUUGAAGACAGCCACUCAUUGGAUGUGACUAGCAAUGAAAUGCCUGCCAAACACACUCCAGAUAUUGAUAGAGAGAGUUUACCAGAACUAAAUGACGGAGAAGAAACCCUGGAAAAAGAUCCUGAUUAUAGAUCCAAAGCUUGUGAUCACACAGUUCAUACAGAUGGUGAUAAAGUUGAAAGUAAACCUGCAAUAGAGGACAUGAUGGAUCAACCAAAGAAGACUAGGAUUACUUACUCUCAGAUAGUCAAAGAAGGUAGGAGGUUUAAUAUUGAUUUGGUGUCAAAGCUGCUCUAUUCUCGAGGACUGCUGGUUGAGCUUUUAAUCAAAUCAAAUGUCAGUCGAUACGCAGAAUUUAAAAAUGUCACUAGGGUUCUUGCAUUUUGGGAAGGAAAAGUUGAACAAGUGCCUUGUUCCCGAGCAGAUGUUUUCAAUAGCAAAGAACUGUCUAUGGUUGAAAAAAGGAUGCUAAUGAAAUUUCUUACAUUUUGUAUGGACUAUGAGCAACACCCAGAUGAAUAUGAAGCUUUCAAGCAAUGCUCCUUUUCAGAGUACUUAAAAUCUAAAAAACUAACCCCUAGCCUGCAACAUUUUGUACUGCAUUCAAUUGCAAUGAUGUCAGAGUCAUCUUGCACGACAAUAGAUGGCCUUAAAGCAACAAAAAAUUUCCUUCAGUGUCUUGGCCGGUUUGGCAACACGCCCUUUUUAUUUCCCUUGUAUGGCCUAGGAGAAAUUCCCCAGUGUUUUUGCAGGAUGUGUGCUGUUUUUGGUGGAAUCUAUUGCCUUCGCCAUAAAGUACAAUGCCUUGUAAUUGACAGAGAGUCUGGAAGCUGUAAAGCAAUUAUAGAUCACUUGGGCCAGAGAAUAAAUGCUAAGUAUUUUGUUGUGGAGGAUAGCUCCUUAACUGAGGACAUGUGCUCAGGUGUGCAGUAUCAACAGAUAUCUAGAGCUGUGCUCAUUACAGAUGAGUCUAUCCUAAAGACAGAUUCUGAUCAACAGAUUUCUGUUUUGAUCAUACCUCCUGUAGAGCCAGGGACUUCAGCUGUCCGGCUCACUGAAUUAUGCUCUUCAACAAUGACAUGCAUGAAAAAUACCUAUUUGGUACAUCUCACAUGUUCGUCUUCUAAAACAGCAAGAGAAGAUUUGGAGUCAGUGGUGAAGAAAUUAUUCACCCCAUAUACUGAGACCGAGACAGGCGGGGAGGAGCCAGCAAAGCCGAGGCUCCUGUGGGCUCUUUAUUUUAAUAUGAGAGAUUCCUCAGGAAUCUGCCGAAGUUCAUAUAAUGGCUUACCUCCCAAUGUUUAUGUCUGCUCUGGGCCUGACGGUGGUCUUGGAAAUGAGCACGCUGUCAAGCAAGCUGAAACUCUCUUUGGUGAGCUCUUUCCAGGUGAAGACUUCUGUCCACCACCACCAAAUCCAGAAGACAUUAUCUUUAGUGAUAAGGAACCAGAGGCUCCUGAGACCAGUAAUACGGUAGUGGCUGAAAGAGAAUCCUCUGAAGAAAGCAAAGUUCUAGAAAGUUCAGAGACGCUUCUUCAAAAUUAA